GCAAACUUGGGAAUAAGGAUAUUUGGACUUCCAAAUUUUAAAUGGACCAAAGUGGGAUGUCGGUAAUCAAUCAGCCCGCCCAAUUAAUCCACCGCCGCCAGCCCAGGAGCCCUCUGUUUCGCCCCCAACUUUUCUAUGAAUACAGAGCGGCUUAAAAUUUCGAAUCGACCACAACGGUUUACACAUCAAGAAUGAGGGGACACAGUGAUGAUCUCCACCGUUGAUCAGUCUUACUAACUCCAUGGUCAAAUCACAAACACUGAUCUGACGAUCUAUAUGUCCCACCCGAAGUAUGCAUAAGAGAAUGAUCUCAUCAAUCCAAUAAGUACACUGUCAAUUACCACCAUUGUCAAAAUGUUAAACCACCUGAUCACCCCUAGAUAACGAUAUAAGCCGGGCACAGAGGAAGCCUCAUCUGCAACAGCAACCCACAGAAUAGCCCUCCAUCGGCCAAUGGUGACAUCAAAUGAUUCGUCUCUAACCCCGUUUCAGUCCUUCAGGGCUGUUGAUGAGGCUGAAGAUGAAGUAGUCGUAAAAUCAGCAACCAUCAAAUAAAUCUCCCGGGUCUCCACAAGAAUUUUCGCCGCGCGCAUCCUCUUCCGUCGAAAUCGACUUCUUUAAUUCACGAAGCCACCGGCGAUGAAUACUCUCUCCCAUAAGAUCACGAUAAUCAAUAGCCGAUACUCCAUUACGGUCGCGAAAUGUUGAUAAUAACACCGUUGUUAAACACCCCCUGGAAUCUUCCAGACGGUCGUUGAAUCUGCAGAGCAAUGGAUGGGGGUUUUUAUUUCUUUGGCUGGGGAAAAGAGUGGUAUGUUGCUGGUAAGGAAAUGGAUGGUGCCAAGGAGUGGGUCACGGAGACAAUCGACGGCGUAGAUUUCCAAUGAAACACCGGUGGUUUCGCUGGAAAGGAAUUCAGGCUUGUUGAAGUGGGCACUACAUCGUCAAUGCUUUUUGACCAAUUUGGCCCAUUUUGUAAGGUUUGCUUUUCUCUAUGCUCUAACUAUGUGGGAAAAACAACCUCACAUUACAAAUGGACUGGGACACAAUUAGUUCAGCCCAAUUUAUGUUCAACUCCUCCAGGCCCACAACUUUCUUACACUCUGGCGUAAUGAUUUACGCUUUUGGAAAGAAAUAUAAGGAUUACCUUUGGUGGCCUCAAACAUGUGGUUCUCACUGCCAAGAUUGCCAUCCUUUUCCACAUGUGUAUUGUUAUCGUCAAACUUGUGGUUCUGACGGCUAAGAAUGUCAUCCUUUUCCAAAUGUGUAUUGUUAUCCUCACUCCCCAAGGGAUAUGAUCGAUUGACCAUGAAUUUGAAUGUAAUAGAAGUGCAAAGCUUGAAAUAUUAUGCUACUGCUUACAAGUAUUGGCAAGAGUACAAUUUACAAUUGUUUACUUAAUUCUUGUGCUGUGAUUGUGAAAUAUGAUAACUUGGCUUAAUUUAGUAGCCGAAUAAGCCAAAUUAAAAUGCAUCAAAUUUUUUGAUCAAAAUUUAGUUGCCGACUAGGCCAAAUAAGUGCAUGCAUGCAGUCGCGAUCAAUCAUAAUAAGUGAAAGCUAAUCCGUAACCGUGCAUGCAUGUGUACGACUGGAAUUUAUCUUCGAAACUCUAUAAGUUGACCUGCAAGGUUACCUUUUGUCUAUCAAGCUGUUGCGAAGAAAGCCAAAUACAAGCAAGCAACGGCCACUAAAAUCUACUCACUAGCCGUAACUUUUUCACUUGUUAUGCUGCUUGCUCUGGUUUUCAGAUCUGAUGCUGGACGCAUUGUGGUCUAUUGGGGCCAGGAUGAGAGGGAGGGCACACUUACUGCAACGUGUGCCACAGGACAAUACCAAAUCGUCAACAUAGCAUUCCUUUCAAAAUUUGGCAAUGCCCAAAAGCCUCGAAUCGAUUUAGCUGGUCAUUGCGAUGCAGCCUCUAAUGGUUGCCAGAAGAUCUCGAAGGACAUCAAAUAUUGCCAAAACCGAGGCAUUAAGGUAAUGCUUUCAAUUGGAGGUAGCGAUGGCAGCUACAAUUUAACUUCUGCUGAUGAUGCUAGGACUGUCGCCAACUAUUUGUAGAACAAAUUCCUCGGAGGACAUUCGAACUCACGGCCUUUAGGCGACGCCGUGUUGGAUGGUAUAGAUUUUGACAUCGAGAAAGGUAGUGGAACUCACUACGCUGCACUUGCAGGAAGAUUGUCCCAGCUCAGCCGAAACAGGAGGAAGAAAGUCUACUUAACUGCGGCACCACAAUGUCCGUUCCCUGAUCAAUACAUCAACGGUGCACUUUCCACUGGGCUAUUCGACUAUGUUUGGAUCCAAUUUUACAACAAUCCUUCCUGUGAGUAUAGUUCUAGCAAUCCUGGGAAAUUUAAGAGGUCCUGGAUUAAAUGGAAGUCAUCUAUUCCAGCUCGUAAGUUCUUUGUUGAUCUUCCGGCUUCUCAUGCUGCUGCUGGCAAUGGUUUUGCGCCCACAAAUGAGCUUGUAUCUAAAGUACUGCCUUUUGUUAAGGGCUCUUCUAAAUAUGGGGGUGUCAUGCUUUGGGAUCGCUACAAUGAUCUGAAGAAUGAAUAUAGUUCCAAAAUUAAGGGCAGCGUUUAGAUGCUCCAACAAAACGUUUGCUUUUUAUGGAUUCUCUUGGAAGAGUUCUUUUGGUACGAUAAAAUAAAUAAUAUCUUGCUUGCUUAUUAA